UUGAUUUGAAAAACUUGCUAUAAAAUCAGAUUAUACAAACAGACUCCUCCAUAGUGUUAAUAUUAAAAGACAAAUAUAACUAAAUUUGUUUGUGCAACAUAAACGAAAUAAUAAUUUUUUACGUUAAAGAAAUUGUUUAUGAAAGGCGGUACAACCAUUUUUAUUUUAAUGCUGAUUGAUGCAAAAUACAUAAAGUAACUCCUCAAAAUUAUCUCACGAACAAWAAUGGUAUCGAUUUGAACAUAUGGUAUAUAUGUAUUUUUUAUAAUUGUGUGGAUAAGCAAAAAUUCAUAACGAAGCCAUACAAAUAGGUAAUAAAAUAAAAAUAUUAAUCCAAUUAGCACUUUAGUUAACGAGAAAUAACAWAUACAAAAUGUGUGAGAGGCUACGAAAAAGUACUUGCCUUAUAUUACUUUUUGCUGUUUUGACUAAAACCAAAGAUAAUUUGCGUAUUGCAUUUGAGUGGAAGGAGAUGGACUUUAAAUAUGAGAAUGCCGAAGCACGUUGGACGGCAAUUGAAAAUCACGAGUUUCGGCCAGAUAACGUUAUACCUUUUGGGUUGGAAGUACAUAGGUCACGAAUGUAUAUUGCUUUGCCACGAUGGCGAGACGGUGUACCAGCGUCAUUGGCUUAUUUUGAUAUCAAUGAAAAAUCUACAAAAUCACCAUUACUCAUUCCUUUCCCUAGUUGGGAGGCACAUAAUCUUGCCGACUCGGAUCCAGAGCUUGUUUCUCCAUUUCGAAUUCGAGCUGAUCGCUGUGGCCGACUAUGGGUAUUAGACUCACGUAUUGCAGGCGUUUUAGAGAAUACAACUAUAUUUGGAACUGCCCAGUUAUUAGUUUAUGAUUUGCACAAUGAUAAUCUUUUACGUCGCUACAAAUUUCCCAACAGUCAUAUGAAACAAGGCUCCUUCUUCGCAAAUUUAGCAGUAGAGGACUUUAAUUGCGAAUUUUCUUUUGCCUAUGCUGCUGAUUUAGGUGCCCCUGGUCUAAUAGUUUAUUCAUGGGCACAAGAUGAUUCAUGGCGUGUACAGCACAAUUUCUUUCAUCCUGAUCCAUUAGCAGGAAAUUACAGUAUAGAUGGUAUAGAAUUUCAAUGGGAUGAUGGUUUGUAUGGUUUGGCCCUAUCUAAACCACAGGAAGAUGGCUAUGCUAUACUAUACUUUCAUCCGCUCAGCUCUACAACUGAGUUUUCAGUUAGUACAAGUGUUCUUAGAAACAAAACAUUAGCUAGUUCUGGUGAAAUCUACCAUAACUUCAAAGUUUUAGGAGCGCGUAGUUCAAAUGGACAAGCAGGUGCAGCAUUUAUAGACCCACGUACCGAAGUAUUGUUUUAUACUUUACCAAAUCUAAAUGCUUUGGACUGUUGGAGUACAACUAAUACAGAUUAUUCUACCGAUACUCAGGGGCGUGUUUAUAUGAGUGCGCAAGAAUUCGUAUUUCCUAGCGAAGUAAAGGUCGAUACGGAAGAUAGAUUAUGGGUACUUUCGAAUAAAUUGCAAGAAUUCAUUUAUGAUGAGCUCUAUCCUGGCAGAGUAAAUUACCGUAUUUUUACUGCGAAUGUAUUGGAUGCAAUCGCAAAUACUGUAUGCGAUACCAAAAUGAAACCGCUACCAGAAAUAGGUAAAACUGAAUUAGAUACGAUACUGGACACAAUGAUAAACUCUACGAAAGAGAUAUCUGCUUCAGGUGUGGUAACUAAAAGUUUAAGCGGAAUCAUCGUACUCAUAGCCGCGUAUUUACUGAUAUUAGUAUGAUUUUUAAUACAAUCUAGGUAGUUUAAGCCCAAAUAAUGUUAUUUUGUAUGUAAUAAUAGAAAACUAAAUAUUUAGUAUUGAAGAAUUUUAUUAAAUUUCUUUUAUAACUUUUGUAAAAUAUCUCCUUAUUAAUUGAGUAUAGAAAAUGUUGAAGAUACAUUUUAAAUUGGAACUACUUGUAUUUUGAUAACAUUAUUUUUAUUGGGAAUGUCAAAAUAGUGCAUUUGGUGUAAAAUUUUAAUACCUUACGUAUUUUAAAAACGAACAAUAACGUAUUUUUAAUUUGUACUUUUUGUACAUAUAUUUAUACGCAAUGACUUUCCCUUGAAUUGAUUAAAAGAUUUUUUUAUUUAAUACAUUCAUAUUAUUAUUAAAUUAACCAUAUUUCGUGCAAAUUUUUGGGUCAUUAAAAAUUUGGUGUCACAACAACAAGACCAUAUACUCCACUUUUGCAUGACAUUAGCGUAAUAUAUGGAAUACUUGCGGAAACAUAUUUUCGAAACUUUUUUUAGCGAUUUAAAUAGGAGAUUAUUUGAAUACCUCAUCAAUAUGGUAUAAUCCCUUUAAUCAAUCAGUGAGGGAUUACGCCUAGGCCUGGGUCUCAUUUAGGAGGCGUUAAAAUUGGUUAUAAUAUUUUUGUGUUUACUAUGAACGAUGGUUGGUGUGAUGUAAAAGUCUCAGAUGACCUAGAUUAUACCGUACUGGUACCAUAUUAGUGACUAGAAUCCGAGCCCCACUGGUUUUCAAGUUCCCAAAAUCAGAGAUGUGCAGGAAAUGGCCACUUUCCGAGAAAUAUGUGAGUCGAUGGGGUUACUGGAAGACGAUGGCCACUGGGAUGACGCUAUGUUGUGCAGGUCAGUGCAAACAUUUGAAGAGCUCUUUGCGAUUAUGAUAAGCACCUGCAGAUUCUCAAACCCCGGAAAUUGUAGGACAAGUAUAAAAAUGCUUUGGCAGAAGACAUUGCUCGCCGAAAACAAAGGAUAAUACGAGCCAAUGAUGACAUAAUUUAUAUGAAAGCGCUGAAACUUAUUGAGGUUGAAUUUUUGGGAUGGUUGGAAAAUUAAUUAAGAACGCAAGAGCUGCCCACUGAUUUCUUGAUUUGGUUAUGAUACUGUGGCUAUGGGAGUUCAAGUCAAUCAAACAGUCCCCUUGUUAUUUUCAGAACAAUAGGAAAUUAUCAAUUUAAAAACUAACCGCCUACGUUGCCUACAUGGCCAUUGGAAAAACUUACUUGCUGAACUUGCUGCUGAUAAAGUGGUUGCGCUGGCUGUUGUGUCGUCCGGAAUAGCCGCAACCUUACUAAGAGAUAGCAGAACCGCAYACCCAGUGUUCAAUAUUACACUGAAUCUUGCCAAUGAAGAUACGUCCAAAUUAGGAUAAUGCGGUAGUGCAAAUUGAUGGUUUGGGACGAAUGYACAAACUCGCACAAGCCAGUGAUUGAGAAGCACUGGGCCGGGACAAUCGAAUCUUGUUGGGUGGAGCUGGUUGAUAUAAGCUGGUUUCAGAGUGAGGACCUACUACUGCGAUCAAAUUGAAAAGUGAAUUUUGCCCCUUUCAUUUAUUUCAAGGUAAUCCCCUCCGGCUGCAAUAAACUUAUACCAACGAAUUUUCCAGUCAUCAUAGCACUUCGAAAAAUCCUCCGUCGUGAUGGCCAUCAGAGCCUUCUUCGAUUGAGCUUUUAUAUCAGCAAUUGAGUCAAAAUGGUGCAUUGCCAGAAGUUACACGAAGUUCAGGCGCACACAAUUUCUUUUAAAAAUGGCUUUCUCUAGUGUAGUAAAAUGAUUUGUAGCUCUAUUUGGCCCGAUUAAUAUAUAGUAUGAUAUUUCAAAAAUUACUAAAAGUACGAUACAUCUUUAAAUAAAUGUGCCAGAAAGAUAUCAUUUUGUAACCGAUAUGGUACGACAGAGCCUUACGAGAGCUGUCGUCAAAUUUGGACGAUGAGCGUAGCUCUGCCCACAUUUAGAUGAAAUCACAUAUCUCCGUAAUAUUCAAUCAAUUCGGUGGAUAAUAUUGACAUUUUUAUAUUACAGUUC